AUGGAGCCCCUCACUCAGACAGAUGCAGGAGCUCACCAGCAUACAUCAGCUUGGAGCAUGAGUUGUACUGUACUUCGGGAUGACAUGUGCCCCGGCCGGAGUAGGGCGUCAGGGUCCCGGAUCGCGCUGCGGACACUGCCAGUCAGCAGCAGCAGCCGCCCCAGGGGGGCUUCUCCCACGUGCGCUGCGGGCGGGCUGCCUGUAUGUUGCCGGGGGCGGGUAAUCGCGGGCAGGGAGGUGCUUGCGGUCCCCCUGCUCCAGCGUCCCCCCGCCCUUCCCUGUGUGCAGCCUGAAAGCAGGAGGCGGCUGAAGCACCGUCAGCCGCGGCCAAGGGGAAGCCGAGCGGCCCUUCUCCCCGGCCCCGCCGCCCAUGGGCAGCUGCAAGCAUCACGCCCGGCGGGGAACCCACAGGCACUAACAACAGCAGCGCGGCGCCAAGGGAAACCCCUGCAGCUGCCCGCCCAACAGCGGCUUGUGCGCGGGCAAUCCGGAACAAUUUCCACUCAAGGAUAUUGUGUAGGAAUUAUUGACAAGUCUUCCAAACCAUUUCCUAUUAUUGUUGAACUUUAUCACUUGACUGUCAUCCAUGACUGGAGCUGCUUGCAUUUCAGUGAGGAAGUAAUCCCUGCAUGUACUGCACACCUCUCAAGGAACCCAACGCUAGAAAGAGACAGGGUUGCGUUUCUGCGUGCCAGACCCAGUCUCCAGCACUGGUCCCCCUGAUGGAAGUUUGUACAUCCCUGUGAAACCUGCCAAGCUGGACGCCAC